AUGGUAUCCGCUGCACCCUAUGAGCGCUUCAUUUGGCUGACUUCGCACGCCGUAGGCAGCCACGGUUUUGGUAGCGCCGCGAGCGGUCCCAACGCCCCUCGCUCCCCCGCUUCUCUGUCGAGCUCUUUUCACGCGUCCGCUAUGUUUCGCGCCGGCAAAUGCGGUCAAUUGACACCUAACCUCAGCGGGCCUUCGGGGCCGAGGCGCGGGUCACUGGGACCCGACCUCGGCCGAUUGCGCGGGGAUCGCUUCGUCCAGGCGCUCUCUAAUUCGGAAAAAAUGCCGAUAUUGGGUGGACAGUGCGGGUGUAGGACGGAGGGCCGGCGCGUGCCGCGGGGGGCGAUUCCGCGGAGGGGCGGAGAGGGGGUGGAGGGGGUGGGGGGUGCGCACGGAUUGAUAGCGGCGCCCCCGUGUCAUUGGCUUAUUGUUUCAAAUACCUACGGCGGCUCCCGUGCCGACGUACGCCCG